AUGGAAGAGUCUGGGUCUCAGGAUGAAGAGGAGGAUGAAGAGUUCACAGAAACGAAAGCUGGAUACAAGGAUACAAAGGAAGGCCACCCGCGGGAGCUGACAGAGGAAGAGAAACAGCAGGUUUUGCACUCGGAGGAGUUCCUCAUCUUCUUCGACCGCAGUAUUCGUAUGAUAGAAAGAGCUUUAGCUGAGGACUCCAACAUCUUCUUCGAUUACAGCGGACGUGACCUGGAGGAUAAAGAGGGAGAUCUGCAGGGUGGCUCCAGUCUCUCUUUCAAUCGUCUGUUCUAUGAUGAGCACUGGUCACAUCAUCGGGUCAUCACCUGUCUGGACUGGUCCCCUCAGUACCCUGAGCUCUUGGUGGCCUCCUACAACAAUAAUGAAGACGCUCCUCGUGAGCCAGACGGUGUGGCUUUGGUGUGGAAUAUGAAAUUCAAGAAGACCACACAAGUGUACAUCUACCACUGCCAGCCUCCAGUGGUGUCCGUGGGUUUUGCUCGGUUUCAUCCUAAUCUGUUGGUGGGUGGCACGUACUUGGGGCAGAUUGUUCUCUGGGACAACCGAAGUCACAGAAGAACGCCAGUUCAGAGGACCCCCCUGUCUGCUCCAGCACACACACACCCUGUCUACUGGGUCAAUGUGGUUGGCACUCAGAACGCCAGCAACCUGAUCACUGCGUCCACAGACGGCCGGAUGUGCUCCUGGAGCCUGGAUAUGCUGUCACAGCCUCAGCAAAACAAGCCGCUGUACUCCUUUGAGGAUAACGCAGACUACGUCUACAACGUGAUGUGGUCCCCCGUGCACCCCUCACUCUUCGCCGCCGUGGACGGCUUGGGUCGUCUGGAUCUGUGGAACUUGACCAACGACACUGAGGUGCCCACCGCUAGUGUGACAAUAGAGGGAGCCCCCGCUCUGAACUGCAUCAGAUGGGCCUCUGGAGGCAAAGAGGUCGCCGUGGGAGACUCAGAGGGACGUGUGUGGAUAUAUGACGUUGGAGAGCUGGCCGUGCCCCACAGUGAGGAUUGAGCCCACUUCGGACGCAUGCUGAUGGAGAUCCGUGCCAACCAUGGGGACGGUGAGGAGUAGGGGCCCGUGGAGCUGGCCACGUAAACGCGGGAUCAGAGUCAUCACCAACCCAGAUUGAGCCUGAUGUAACACACCCAAUUAGCAUGUCACUAGUACUGUGCAGUUUACUCCAAUAAAAGGGACCAUUUAUCCAGAUAAUGAAUAAUUGGUUACUAGGAAUGGGUAAAAAUAUUGCAUGGUUGGUCAACUCAAUCAUGCAGUCACCUGUCAAGAAAAGUUCAGAAAUAUCUUCAGUGGAUCAAAUCAAUCAAACACUAGGCCUAUGCUGUCAGGAUUUGCUACCAAGGCUAUAGUGAGCUUAGGGUUUAGGUUGGGGUCAAGGGUUAGUAGGUGGUUUAACGUUGUGUAGUCUGAACUGUGAUUUACAUGACCAAUACAGUCUUUCGAAUCAGCUGCGCGGUGAGGGGUUGUGCUUAACUGGUUUAGAGGACAAAUCAUGAAUAAUCAAGAUUUCCUGACAAUUCCUAAAAUCUCGAGAUUAAUCGUUUACUCUGGCUGCAUCUGAAAUCGCAUACUCUCUGAAUAGGUAGGCCUACUUUAAGAAAUGUUCUAUAAAGUAUGAAUGUGUGAAGUAUGAAUUUAAUCAAACCAUACUACAUUUGUAGUAAAUACGGCAAAUAAAUCAUAUUGUGAAUGUGAGUUCGCAGAGUCUGUGUGACUAUGAUGACUGUGUACAGCAAAUUAAUAAGAAACGUCUUUCUAUUGAGUGGUCCUCGCGGAAUUCAUGUAAAAUAAACAUACACA